AUGAUUCUGCUUCUGUUGUAUAUCGAUGAGAUAAUAAUCACCGAUAGCUCUUCUGAGCUCAUUGCAAAUAUAAUCACAAGGCUUGGAAAGGAGUUUACCAUGAAGGAUAUUAGACCAUUACAUUUCUUCUUACGAGUUGACGUAAGGUACUUCAAGGAUGGUAUUCAUUUGAAUCAAGGGAAGUAUGUUAUUGAGCUACUUAUGAAGACUGACAUGGCUCUUGCCAAAGCAAUCAGUACACCAUUGGAACAAAAACAUGGUUUACAACAGGUCACAGGCAAUUCGAUUGAUGUCUCUACAUAUAGUAGAAUUGUAGGAAGUCUCCAAUAUCUCACUAUAACCAGACCUGACAUAUCACAUACAGUCAACUUGGUUAGUCAAUUUAUGCAAACUCCAAACACUAAGCAUUUACAGGCUGUGAAAAGAAUUCUUAUAUAUGUGAAGGAUUGGGGAGGUUGUGCAACAACAAGAAGGUCAACGUCAAGAUACACAAUUUACUUAGGUGCAAACUGCAUAUCUUGGGCCUCCAAGAAGCAACACAGAGUGUCAAGGUCUAGUGCUGAGGCGGAAUAUAGGGGACUUGCCUCUACAGCAGCUAAAAUCAUCUGGAUCACCUACAUCCUAAGAGACAUUGUAUUCUACUUAAAGACAGCUCCAACAAUGUUCUUCGAUAACAUCAGUGCAUUAUACAUGAUUGUAAAUCCAGUCUUACAUGAUAGAACUAAACACGUAGAAAUGGAUUAUCACAUUGCUAGGGAAAAGGUAGCCCGAGGACAUCUUGUUACACGCUGUCAUGACCCAGGGAUACACCCUAGAUGUAACCUGGCGUACUUGACUCCGAAGGGGUCUCAUACCAGCCCUUACCAUAUCACAACAUAA